UUGAGCAGACACUCGGAGGCGCGGGAUCUCCUCCGCGGAAACCUGCGGCAUUUCCUCAGGGAGCCAGACGCGAAGGUAAGGAAGGCGGUUUGGGAGAGCCUGACUUGCAGCCAAGCUCUGACCCUUCAGCAAUGGACAGCAGCUACCUCAGCGUGAAGGAGGCCGGGGUGAAAGUGCCCCAGGACAGGGCCAGCACGGACCUCCCCAGCCCCAUGGACAAGGCCGACUCGGAGAGCAACAAGGGCAAAAAGCGGAGGAACCGCACCACCUUCACAAGUUACCAGCUGGAGGAGCUGGAGAAGGUCUUCCAGAAGACCCACUAUCCCGAUGUCUAUGCCAGGGAGCAGCUAGCCAUGAGGACAGACCUCACCGAGGCUCGUGUACAGGUGUGGUUUCAGAACCGGCGAGCAAAAUGGCGCAAGCGGGAGCGGUUCGGUCAGAUGCAGCAGGUCCGGACCCACUUCUCCACCGCCUACGAGCUGCCCCUGCUCACCCGUGCUGAGAACUACGCCCAGAUCCAGAACCCCUCCUGGAUUGGCAACAACGGAGCCGCCUCCCCCGUGCCCGCCUGCGUCGUCCCCUGCGAGACGGUGCCCUCCUGCAUGUCCCCCCACGGCCACCCCCACGCGGCCGGCGGCGUCUCCGAGUUCCUUGGGGUCUCCGGGCCCGGCAGCCACGUGGGACAGACUCACAUGGGUGGCCUCUUCGGCACAGCCGGCAUGAGCCCCAGCCUCAAUGGCUACGAGCUGAACAGCGAGCCGGACCGCAAGACCUCCAGCAUCGCUGCCCUGAGGAUGAAAGCGAAGGAGCACAGCGCGGCGAUCUCCUGGGCGACAUGACAGGGCUGCAGCCCAGCGCCCGCCAGACUCGGAGAGAGCACACGGGGACAGCCCAGCAAAUCCAGCCGCUUGGACUCCGGACAGCAGUUGCCUCCUCGGGGAUCUGAAUGCAGCACUUUUAGCUACCCUAGGCGUAUAAAGUACAUAUGUUAAUGUAAGUGGAGUGUUUCCGGCAUGAACGUGGCAGCUCCCGGCUUCCUGGGAUCAGGCAGGGAGAGGGAGGCUGUGGAGCAGCACCUCUUCCAUCAAGAUCUGGGAUGGGAUGCAUCCCUUCCCGCUGCCACCUCCCCGAUAACCUGGGCAUUUUUUUCCUCCCUCUAUUUUAUCUGACACCAGCUCUGCUGUUCCAGAGAGCAAGAGCCCACUGGCCUUCCAGCAGCUUCUCCCAUCCCACUACCCACCCACACACACUCACACACGCAUAUUCUGCCCUGGGCAGGGACUGGAUGGGGACUCUGGCGCCAGCAAAGAGAUUCUCUCACACUGCAAACAUCAUUUUAGCAGGAGCUAUGGCUUCCCACAGCUGAGCGAGGAACAGGGCUGGGAAGAUAACCAGAACCAGAAAAAAGGCAACAUUAGCCCACCUCCUUCUACCCUGCUCCCUCUCCAUGUUGUACUCUGAGAUGCAGCACAGAGCUGUAGAAGUCUGUGGAGGGGAUGCCCCUCUCGAUGUUAUCAUGCCGAGCGUCUUUGCCAGCCCUCUGGUGACCCAGAUGGAGAUAGACCUCAGCAAACAAAAGCUUUCCAGCGUGGCUCAGUGCCCCAGGGAGUGCCUGGGCUUUGCUUUCCCUGGUUGUGGUCUAUGUAGGGGCUCACAAGCAUGGUGGUACAGGAAAAGAUUUCCUCUGUCUUUCACUGGGUCAGGAAUUAUUAACUUCAAUUUAGAGACAGCAGCUCUGGCAGGGAAGCACAAUUGCUGUAUAAAACUUCAAGUCCCCAGUCCUGCUCUAAGAAAGAGCUCGAGCACUAGCACACAGCCACAGUGACACAAGGCCAUCGAAUUCCUCACACACCUCAUCCUGGGCUCAGACGUGUGCAAUGGCAGGCCCUCCCUCGGCCCUCGACCCCAAUGCCCUGUUGCACACAAUGGCUGUGGGCAUCUCUGCACCAGGGACAGCCAAGGGAACAGGCUGGGAAGGGGCCCAAGAGAGGACAAGGUGAUGCUGCCCCAUUCCAGCCACCUCAGAUCCUCUUCACUUUGCAGAGGAAGCAGAAGAAACCAGAACUUGUCUGGUUUGUGUGAACCAACAUGCCUCUCUGCUUUUCCCUCCCAGUGCUCUUACCUGUGCAGAGCUGUUAAGUAAGAUCUCCUUUGCAAGGCUAAAUACUUUACAAGUUUUUCUGUGAUGAUAGUGCAUGGAAUAAUGAAUAAUUACCCCACAUCAUUACACCAC